AUGUAUAACAAUUUGACAGUUCAGUUAGUUGGUCGAUUAAGUCCUAAAACAAAAAUUAAUCUAGAAUAACAAAAUUAACAUAAACUUUCAAAUAAAAUGUUAGCUAAACACAUUAAUCCUGAAAUAGCACUUGUCCCAAUGCUUGAUGACAUCAUACCAUGUAGUAUCAGAAUAAAUAUCAGUUAGUGAAAUUUUGAAUUA